AUGGAUUGUUUCAGAGGUGGUGCUGAGCUUCUCUUUGAUAAUGUGAAGAAACACAAUGUAAAACUUCCCUUGAUUGAUAAGACAUGGACCCUACGCAAUCUUCUGUUAUGGAUAAAAGAAAACUUGCUCAAAGAACGACCUGAGCUGUUUGUCCAAGGAGAUUCAGUGAGACCAGGAAUUCUUGUUCUUGUUAACGAAGCUGAUUGGGAACUCCUGCAAGGGUUUGAGUAA